AUGGACAGCUCGCUGGAACCAGCGCCUAUUCAGGCCACGCCAGACAACCCUAGGAAGCGCGCCGCCAGCAGAUCUCCCUCAAUCUCUCCAUCAGAGGCCCAGCAGUUGAAGAAGGCUUGCUAUGAAAUUGGUUAUCGGAAUCUAAACGACCAUGUCAUGUUUCAACCAGCUCCUAUUCGGAGUACUCGUCCAUCUGCUGCUCUUCUGGAGUAUAUAAAGGAGACUCUGCCUCGUCCUUCAUACCUGGAAAAGAUCGGCAACUGGCUCGAAGAUAUUUAUCCUCAAGAUCUACGCAAGAUAUCACGUUCAGACUGCUUCAUUCUAGACCAAAACUCGGAAUCCGUACUCCAAGAAAGAUCUCAUUCUGCUCCAGCCAUCAUGGCAGGUAGAAAGAACGUCACCGGUAGAGCUGUCACCUUUGACCUGGCGUUUUCUCAGAAGUCAUCCCUCAAGCGCUCGACUCCCGGAUUCACUUCUAAAGAAGGGGGGCCGUCUAUUGACCCGACACCGACUAUUUACCCAACUACCACUGGCACAGCUAAUCGAUCCAACGGGCCACUUGUAGAGAGUGCCCUCUACCGGGAUUGCAAUCUUGCACUUAACAAUAUCCUCUUACUCAACUCCCGAACUGAACUCCCCCCUCAUCUCUCCGCACUUGUCGAAUCUCUCAAGAAAGGUCGAUCAUCCCCUGAGCCUAUCCCCCAGGACAAUGAUGAUCUUUAUGCCAUGGAGGCAGGGGCAAGUGAACCAAAGGUUGAAGAAUUUGUUCGAAACAACAUCAUCCCCCCGAGUUCCAGCACAGACAAGAUCCAGCGCAGCGAUCGUGUCUUUGUAAGUAGGUCCGUUAUUCCCAUAACCAAUCCCUACGCGAGAAUCAGUGUCCCUGUUCCCGAUCUCCUAUACGGGUACCGCUUCUCAGCCUUCGAACAUGGCCAGCAAAUGCAGAUCGCGACAUAUGGAAACUUUGCAUUUGCAAACAGCGAAGGCCUUACGUUUCCCUUCUUUGCAGUCGAGUUCAAGGGCGAUGGACCAUCCAGCAAAGGUAGUCUCUAG